AUGGAUAUCAAUCACAGCUCUCUAGACCGGGCCUUCAUCCUCAAAUUACCCGAUGAGCUUUUGGGUAUGAUUAUUAGUCACAUGGCGCCAAUUAUCGAUGACUUCAAAUAUUUAUGCGAGCAAUAUCAACCCUACCAGAUGGCCGUUGCACUAUCUCUUGUGUGUAAACGAUUUUAUCGCAUUACUGUGCCGUACUUGUACGCAGAGUUAGUAGUCAACACCGGCGACAACACUUGGAGACGACCGACGCAAAUUUCCAAGUACCUUCAUCGCACCUUCAGAGAGAACCCAUUGCUUUGGAAACUCUGUCGACACCUCACAGUGACCUGUGACGAAUCAAGCAAUGAUAAUCUCUACGCUGUAACAGAUUUUCUCAACUGGCUCACUGCUGCCAAAUCUUUGACCUUCUGGGGUUUCGGGGGCAAUAAGGCAUGGGAGUUGCUCCGAUUGGGCAUAGAAUACAUAUCUGGUUGUGAUAUUCUCUCACUCAACGCCAGCCACUAUAACCUUCACCUACCAUUUGUAAUAGAUGCAUUGGGUGAUUUCAAGUCUGGAUCUCUCCCUAAUCUCCAAACCCUAAAACUGGGAGGUGUUUCUAUUUACGGAGACCAGAUAUGCCAGGAAGAGCUUAGGGAAAAAGCAGGAACGGCCCCAUUCACGAAACUUCAGCUGCGCAGCUUUCUCCUAACUCCAAAAUCCCUCGAAGCACUCGUCCGUUGGCCAAGACGUCUAGAGGAAUUUGAGCUGAAGUAUUCAUUUGGGGAUGACUUCGCGACCUCCGGGCUCUAUGGAUCUUGGAGCCUAGCAACAUUGCAACCGAUUCUGUACACUCACCGAAAAACUCUUCGGUCGAUCAAAUUAUAUGGCCUUCACAAGAGCGGGUUCGAUGGAUUUGACUUGCGCGAGUUCGAAAACCUCGAGAAACUUAGCCUCGCGUCCCACUUUUCUGGCCAUCAACUCUUCAAAAUGAACGAAAUAUGCGAGCCCCCUGACAGUCUUCUUGCCCCGCGCCUCCGUGUCUUUCACUGGGAUUUAACACUCCUAGAUCAGCAAUGCGGUGAGAGCUUGCGCGACUUCGGCCAGGCAGAAGAAGAUUGGCUACGACUACUCGCGCGCAAGGCAAUCAAACACAGAUGUCCACUCCGGAGGAUCGAAAUCACAUUUAACCCUGAUGUUGAUCAGUACAUCAGCAUUACCGAUGAGGUAUAUCCGUGGGACCGAAUGGAUGCUAUGGGGGCUGAUCUACGCCCAUACGGCAUUGAAGUAUCCUAUAACUCUCCUAGUGUUAGUAGGGAACGGUACUCGAUGCUCCGGAAAUAUGCUGCUGAAGACAGUCCAAAGCUGGCUACCGAAGUGGAAUAA